AUGGACUUCAAUCUCAAGAGCCAGAUGGCGGCUCGCCAUAUCCAGGACUUCAGCGAUGCCGCCUCAUUAGAACCUCAUUGGGGCUACUCGGACCGGGUGGUUCCCUGCACAAACGAUGCGGGAUCUUGUGCCUAUCUCGACGUCGUAUACGGCUCCCACGAUCUUGGCAUGCUGUACUCUGGCAUCCUAUGGAUUAUUAUCGGUGGCAUUUUGUUGGUGUGGGCCGUUGGUCGACGGGCACUGCCAUCGCUAUCGGAAGAAGAUGUGCUCCGCGCUGCUAUUCUCGAGGAUUCUCGUCAGAGCAAGAGCUUCCUCAACCGCCUGCGCCAAGCAAUCUCGUCCGGCAUGAACCGAUACCUGCUCCCUGACUUCAUCCGUCCCAUCUUCGGUAGGACCACUCGCCUACAGGUCUUGAUCCUGGCCGUCUUGUCGGGGUAUCUCCUCAUCUUCUCGUUCGUCGGCAUCGUAUAUAACACUUGGAUUACCCCAGUCAAGAAUAUGCCCGGUGUUUAUAACACCAGAGUUAGUCUUGGCCCUUGGGCUGAUCGUAUUGGAAUUCUCGCCUACGCACUCACGCCCUUGGCCGUCCUCUUCGCCAGCAGGGAGUCUAUCCUGUCUCUUCUCACUGGCGUUCCUUACCAGAACUUCAAUUUCCUCCACCGUUGGCUUGGAUAUAUAAUUGUCAUCCAGUCUGUUCUGCAUACCGUUGGCUGGCUAGUCAUCGAAGUUCGCUUGUAUCAGCCUCAACCUAAAGUUGCUGUAGAAUGGAUUACCCAGCUCUACAUGAUCUGGGGCUGUAUCGCCCUCUUCUUCAUCCUGGCGCUCUACGUUCUCAGCUUACCCCCCGUCAUCCGCCUGACUGGCUACGAAUUCUUCCGCAAGUCUCAUUACGUAUUAGCUAUGCUGUAUGUUGGUGCCUGCAUUGGACAUUGGAAUUACCUGGAGUGCUUCAUGAUCCCUGCUCUUAUCAUCUGGUUCUUGGAUCGUGCUGCUCGCGCUAUCAGGACCGCCUUGGUACAUCACGACUUCAUCGAGGGCAAGGGUAUGGGUUUCUCCGCCGCUCAGGCUGGCAUGGUCAUCUUCCCGGACUCUGAAAAUGGCGACGUCAUCCGUCUUGAUUUUUCUCACCCCCACGAUGCGUGGAGCAUCGGCCAGCACUUCUACUUGUGCUUCACUGAGAGCAGCAUCUGGCAGUCGCACCCUUUUACUCCACUGAACGUCCCCAUAACGGUGAACGGCAGAACGAAGCACUCUUACAUCUUCCGCGCUAAAAGUGGCGAGACCAAGAAGGUUGCCGAGGUCGUAAAGCGGAAGUUGGCCACAGUCUCGGGAGACAAAAGCGAGGCAGCGCUCACAACCUCGGUCAUCUUAACUGGGCCUUACGGCGAUCCAAUUCUUCGCAAUGUCACCUCAGAUGUCAAUAUUCUAUGUGUUGCAGGCGGAACUGGCGUCACAUAUGUUCUUCCCGCCUUGAUGAGCUUGAGAAGGCACUCGGGAGCUUCCCGGAAGCUCGAACUCGUCUGGGUCGUUCGCCACACGAGGGAUAUCGAAUGGAUCAGGCCUGAAUUGGAUCUUUUAGAAGCCGAGGACGGACCUAAGGUUGUUGUCCGGAUUUUUGCAACACGCGAUGCCAGCAGCCCUGUUUCCUCACCGCGACAAUCUAAAAACCUGUCCGAGUCAGGGUCAACAUCAGAUGCUCGUGGGCAUUCGGGAGAAAAGCAAAUCCAGAUGGUAGCAACACCCAUAGGCGAUAUAACCUCUAGCGAUGCCCCUCGGCACCCUGAUAUGACAACCACUGUGCGGCAGUUUGUAGAUGCGACCAUCUCUGGACGAACAGCAGUUUUCGCUAGUGGCCCUGGAGGCUUGAUUUCCGAUAUUCGCGUAGCUGUGGCGCAGUGCAACUCAGUAAUGAAAGUGUGGCGAGGAGAAGAACGCUACAAUGUAUCUCUAAUCCACGACGAGCGUAUGGAGCGAUAA